UCAGAUAUCCUCUCGUCCCAUCAUACAGUGUAGCUGAAUUUCUUCGAAAUUAGGAUCUACAUUAAAUGUGGAAAGUCGAUUUCGAUCAUUUGUUUGAGAAUUAUAGAAACAACAGUAGAUAUCAAGAAAAUGGUACUGUUGCUGCUCUCCUGUUUGGUAAUGCUUCAUUGGCGAAUAUAACAAACGUUUUGUUUGGUUGUUUAUCAGAUUUUGAUGCUACAUUGGACCUUAUACGCUUUAUUGAAAGUUCGUUACCUUCAAAUAUUACUUUUCUUGGCGUUUUAUCCCUCGUUAAUGUGGAGUAUCCUUUCGAUUUGAAUUCAUUAGCUGUAUUCGUAGAAGACAGGGAAGGAUUCCUGGUACUGUUUGCAGAUACAACAUCACUCAAAGCUCGAGACGCCGAUAGUAUCAUAAAAUUGAAUAAAGAGAUUGCUUUGCGACCGUCUCCUACAAAACCUGGCUAUGAUUUAUUGGUCAGGACAACACUGUGGCUAAAUAUGAAUAUAAAUAUGAGUGAGAAAGGGAAUCUUCUUGAAGAAAUAAACAAUGCUGUCUUUGCUGAACUAGAUAAUAUUGAAUCCUUGUGUUUCGUAUUUUCGAAUAAUAACUUUGUCUUGGGUGGAAAUAAAGUGAUCGGUGCAAAGCAAGUUAACGGAGAAAUGCUACAAAUAAGUGGUUGUUUAUCCAGUGGAAGGAAAUUUGUGAAUUUUACGCCACUGAUACCAAUCAAGAAGAAUUGUGAUGACUCUUUACCAAAACUUGUUCCAAUUGUGAAAAUUAAGAAAGACCUCGCUGUAUUUUGCAACGUGAGAGCCGAAAUAACUUCGGUGGCUGAGGUGCAGUCCAGGGAUGGUCCAACAGAAAUUCUCACUUUGUUGCGAAAAGCUCUGAAACGAACAGUAUAUCUCACUGAACGAUGUUUAUGUGAAUUCGUCAAUUUUAAUUCCGAACGUUUAAUAAAUAUUAGAUGCGGUAUGUUUUCAACGAACGAUGGAUUAUUGUCGGUGGUUUAUCCUCAUAUCCAAGAUGAUAUGGUGUUGCGAAAUCAUCGGGCAAAACUUCACCGUAUUUUCAAUCUUCCAUUUGAUAAGCCGAUCUUACGGCCCACUCAGUCUCUUCAAUUUAAUCCUGGAACGCAGAAAUUGUUGCAAAAUCCUCAUUUGCAUAUCAGAUCUUAUAAACCAAAGGGAAAGGUAUAUUUUAUUAGUGGCUCCUAUAACUACCACCACUACAUGCAGGACGGAAUAGAUGAUACCGGCUGGGGAUGUGCUUAUCGUUCUUUUCAAACAUUAUGGUCUUGGUUUGUUCUUCAAGGUUAUAUCGAUAAACCCACUCCAACGCAUCGUGAGAUUCAACAAGGAAUUGAAACUUGAGAGUUUGUAUGAUUGUGGCGAUAAAGACGCGACAUUUGUGGGAAGUCAACAAUGGAUUGGAUCUAUAGAACUUGGUUACUGUUUGGAAAAUAUGGCUGGGAUUGAAUCACGGGUGCUUACAACAAAUUCAGGCACAGAAGUGACCGGAAAUAUUCGUCAGUUAUCACUUCACUUUAAAACGUUUGGCACACCCGUUAUGAUUGGUGGUGGUAUGUUGGCUCAUACGAUUUUAGGCGUCGAUUUUAAUGAAACAACGGGUGAGUCGUCGUUUUUGGUUCUGGAUCCUCAUUAUUCCGGUGAUGAGGAUUUAAAUACAGUAAUAACGCGAGGUUGGUGCGAUUGGAAAAUGCCGAGUUUCUGGAAACGAGAAUGUUUCUAUAAUUUGCUAUUGCCUAUCCCACCGCGAAAUGUUAUUUAAGUAUAUACAUAUAAACUGUUUUUGUUAAAAUAGAUCGAUUUGGAACCAUGAAAUUUUCUGUAAUUUGCUUUGUGAUUUUGUGGUGGGUUUUCUCCACUGAUUUUUGCUUUGCAGAAAAUUCUUAUUCUCACUACUUCCCACUAAAAUUUAAGGAUAUGUGCGUACUGUGCAGGAUGAACUGGGA